AACUGCAUAUACCGCUUACAAAUAACGUUCCCUUAUUUCAAAGUUUGAAUCUUUCUCUCAUUUGUUCCGUUAGUUCAUUGAAAAAAGCUCUAGACUUUAAUUAAGACAAGAUAGGAUUUUGAUUAUUCAAACAUAACCAACAGAGACGGAAAGAAAUCUGAAGCUCUUCUUUAAAUUUUGGUUUAGACUUUUAGAACAUUUGGAGGUGAUAUUACGACAAGUCUAUGUCAAAGUAGUUCCUAUGUUAAAGACAAUGAGUUAAUUUCUGUCGGGGGUGUUUUGCUGUCUCUCCUACCACCACCUCGUUCACCUUUAAUGAUGGACUAACUAAUAGUAGUUCGGUGCAACGUGACAAGAGGAGAAAAAAAAAGAGAGUCGAUCUUGGAAUUUUACUCUCUUAUUCUUCUUCUAGGAAACUCUGUUCAGAGGAAGAACAAUGGGGAUCGUCUCGGAACAAGCCGUUGAUGAAUUCCAGGAGCUCAUAGAUAAAGUUGAGGAGCCAUUGAAGACAACAUUUAAGAAUGUCCAUCAGGGAUACCUGAGGGAGACUUUGAUUCGUUUUCUAAAAGCACGAGAUUGGAACUUAAUAAAAGCUCAUACAAUGCUGGUUGAAUGUUUGCGUUGGAGGGUGGAUAAUCAAAUUGACAGUAUCUUAUCCAAACCUAUUGUUCCUAGUGAGCUGUACAGGGACGUACGUGAUUCUCAGCUCAUAGGAAUGUCAGGUUACACCAGAGAGGGCUUGCCUGUGUUUGCUAUUGGUGUUGGCCUCAGCACAUUCGACAAAGCUUCUGUUCACUACUAUGUCCAAUCACACAUCCAAAUCAAUGAAUACAGAGACCGUGUACUACUGCCGUCUGUAUCUAAGAAGAAUGGGGGGCCAAUCACCACCUGCGUCAAGGUUCUAGACAUGACAGGGUUGAAACUUUCAGCCCUCAGCCAAAUUAAGUUAGUGACGAUCAUAUCAACCAUUGAUGAUCUGAACUAUCCAGAGAAGACAAACACAUACUAUGUUGUGAACGCUCCAUAUAUAUUUUCCGCCUGUUGGAAGGUUGUAAAACCGCUUUUACAAGAGAGGACGAGGAAAAAAGUUCAUGUGUUAUCCGGUUGCGGAAAGGAUGAGUUAUUGAAGAUUAUGGACUACACAUCACUCCCACAUUUCUGUAGAAGAGGAAGCUCUGGGUCAUCUCACCAUACUCAGAGUGUAGAUUGUUUUUCUAUCGAUCAUCCUUUCCAUCAACAGCUAUACAACUAUGUCAAGCACCAUUAUGAGACCCAGGGACAAGCUGAGCCUGCAAAGCAAGGUUCUUUCCACGUGGGUUUUCCUGAGCCUGUAGCUGAACGUGUUGAGAUGGCUAAAACCAUAGAAUCAAAACUGCACAAGUUCGAGAACUGCAAUGAUCUGAGCAAGCCGGUUGAUGACAGAAAAGCCAGUUCAUGAGAACUUGGAAGAUGAUGAACCCUGAAUGCUUCUGAGGGGAUUCCUUUCAGUGGGUUCACAAUUAAGAUGUAUUUUACAGUUGAGCUAGCAAUUCAAAUGACGAAGUACUGAGCACUGUCAUCUCCAUAGCCAUGCAAAUGUAAAGUGAAGAAAAGAGAAUAAGAUGUUGAACUCAAUGUACUCCUAGAUUCAUCUAUAGUUUAUAUUUGAUCCUCUGGAUCGACAUUUGUAGCAAAUUUUAUAUGUAGUUUUGGAAAA